AUGCCUUCCAACACAGCGUCCAGGGGCCUCGCGGCGGCGGCAUGGGCCCUCACCCUCGGCCUCGGCGAGGCCCAGACCGUUAAGUCACCCACGCCGCCCAUGGGCUGGAACAGCUACAACCGCUACAACUGCUUCCCCAACGAGGCCAUCAUCCGCCAGAACGCGCAGGGUCUCGUGGACCUCGGCUUCGCGGGCCUCGGCUACGACAUUGUCACCGUCGACUGCGGGUGGCCGUCCCGCGACCGCGACGCCCAGGGCAGGCUGCAGUGGAACGAGACGCUGUUCCCGUCCGGGCCGGUCGAGCUCGGCGACUUUAUUCACGGCCUUGGGCUGCAGUUUGGUCUCUACUCCGGGGCGGGGUACCUGCAGUGCGGAUCAUCUGAUAUUCCUGCGUCUCUGGGCUACGAGGAUAUUGACGCGCAGUCGUUUGCCGAAUGGGGUGGUGACUCGCUCAAGUAUGACAACUGCUACGCAACCUCGCGCACCGAGAUGGUCGACUGGCAGUCGGCCGAGGCGCAGAGUCCGGACCGCUUCGUCAAGAUGGCCGAUGCGCUCCACAAGGCCGGCCGCGAUAUCAAAUACUUCCUUUGCCAGUGGGGAAUCGGCGAAAAUGUGCCCGACUGGGCCGCACCACUUGGAAACACGUGGCGGAUGAGCAAUGACAUCUUCAACGCCUGGAGGGCUAUCUGGCGCAUCACCAACCAGGUCGUGCCGCAUGCCAAGCACACGGGACCCGGUGCGUUUGCUGACAUGGACAUGCUCAUCAUCGGCCUCGGUGCGUUGUCGUAUGAGGAAGAGCGCUUCCACUUUGGCUUCUGGUCCCUGAUGAAGUCGCCCCUCUUCAUCGGUGGCGUGAUGGACCGCGCCGAGAUCCCUGCCGAGUCCCUCAAGAUCAUGUCCAACGAGGAGGCCAUCGCUAUAAACCAGGACCCUCUCGCCAAGGCGGCGGAGCUCGUUAUCCGCUACACGGAGGAAGAGUGGGACAUUUGGGCAGGCGAGCUUUCAGGCGGACGCAAGGCCUUAGGUAUUGCGAACUGGAAGAACGAGACGCAGACCGUCAAUGUCGACCUGAGCCUCAUCGGCGUCGCCUCAGCCAAGACACGCGACAUCUGGGCGCACGCCGACGGGGCCAUCGCCGGCACGCAAGAAGUGAAGCUUGCGCCGCACGAACUCCGUCUCCUUGUCCUCAGCGACAUUGAGGAGACCGCCGCUCCGAAGGAGGCGGACUACUACUCCAUCGUUAACGCCACCCUCGCUGGCGGCGCGAGGCUCGUCGACUGCCAACCCGACGAGUGCGCGCCGGUGCAGAAGAAGGCGGGCAACAUUGGUGGCGACGCGAGCGUUACGUUCCGUGGUGUCAGCGCGCCGAGCGACGGUGCGCUGCGCAUCGGGGUUGACUUUAUCAAUUACGACUACCACCACACUAUUGGGGACUGGGAGUCCAACUCAAGGAACUUGACCGUCAGCGUCAACCAGGCAGAUGGCAAGCGGUGGGCGUUCCCCCUUGCCGGUGGUGAUUGGUUCGAAACGGGACGUCUGCUGAUAGAGCUGGAUGGGUUCGUGGCCGGAGACGAGAACGAGGUCGUCUUCACGGCUCCGACUCAGGGGCGGUUUGCCCCUGACCUGGUAGGCUUCGCGACUUAUGCGUGA